GUUUAUUAUUGUUACGGUUACAAUAAUCAGCUACCAAUAGCGAACACAGGACAAAAUAUUAUUGAGGCGAUUGCUUGCCAUGUCCGUAAUGUUAUACAUAUUAAUAGUGCUGUUUCACUCUACGUUGCUAGUCAGAGCAAACAAUGAAAAAGAUCGUCUUUAUAUUGCUCCCAAAACUGAGCUUACAAUAGAUACAACAGAGUACAACGGAACAGUGUCCUGUGUUUUAAAUUGCAAAGCGAAUAUGAGACCUUUUGACAACAGUGCUGAAUUUAUAUUCAACAAUGUCAGUCGAGAGCAUAUAGCAAUUGUUGAUAACAUCUGCAUAACAAAACACCAAAGAAAAUGUAAUUUCAUUUACUGUGGGUGCAAUCAAACUCUUAAUGAGUUCCGAGUAAAUUUUACAAUGACUGAUUUAAGAGUUGGACAAAUACUAGGUUGUCAGAUACGAUUUCUGAAUGAGGAUACAGGAGAUGUCACCAAAAUUUUCAUUUCAAAACGGUUUAAUGGAACAGAUUUCAAGUCUUCAGAACUGAAUAUCAAAAUGAACAAAAAAGAAAAUGAUACUGUGAAUACAACCACAGACAGAACAGAUCAACCCAAAUCAGAAAAGCGCUUGAGUGAUCGCGAUAUUCUGAUAACAUCGGGUUGUAUUGUAGUACCUGUUGUGAUAUCGGGAAUCAUAGCUUUAUAUUUGCAUAGGUUGAGAAAAAGAGAGGAGUCGUCACAGAAGCCGGUUGAACUUGGUGCUAUGAUAUGAGAUGAAAUGAGUUAUAUGAAAUAAGGGGACGACCAUUUGAUAUUCUGGGGGGG